CGGACAGAGCUGUGCGAAAGCCGUUCUUACUCUGUGACUUAUUACAUUCGCUGUUGGUUUGGGGCUUUAUCUGCGCAUGAGCUGGAGAUCCAAGAACACAAGCUAACCUUUAUGGAUAAGCAACAACCAUUCUCCUAAUGAAAAUAUAAGCACCGAAGGAAACCUGUGCUACCUUGAAAUUUGACUCAAAUAGCACAGACGACAUCUAACAUUGUCCACUUCCUAGUGUCAUCGAACAGCAGUCAUUCGCCUGAAGACAUGCCCUGCGUUCAGGCACAAUAUGGGUCAUCACCUCAAGGAGCAAGUCCCGCUUCCCAAAACUACAGCUACCACACCGCUGGAGAAUAUAACUGCGACUUUCUGACGCCUGAAUUCGUCAAGUUUAGUAUGGACCUGACUAACACUGAAAUCGCGGCUACGACGUCUCUUCCCAGUUUCAGCACCUUCAUGGAUAACUACAACGCUGGGUACGACGUCAAGCCCCCUUGUCUGUACCAAAUGCCGCAUUCCGGGGAGCAGUCGUCCAUUAAAGUGGAAGAUAUUCAGAUGCACGGUUACCACCAGCAGAAUCACCUGCCGUCGCACUCGGAGGAUGUGAUGCCUCAUUCGGGAUCGCUGUUCUACAAGCCUUCUUCGCCCCACACUCCAACGACGCCAAACUUUCAGGUUCAGGCGAACCACUUGUGGGACGAUUCUCCCUCCCUUCACGGUUUCCACCAGAAUUAUGUGGCGACUACCCACAUGAUAGAUCAGCGCAAGACCCCGGUGUCGCGUCUUUCCCUGUUCUCCUUCAAACAGUCUCCGCCCGGAACCCCGGUACCGAGCUGCCAGAUGAGAUUCGACGGUCCCCUUCACCUGUCUGUGAGCCCCGACGCUUCAAUGGCUCACCGUGCCUUAGAGAGCCAAAACUUUGCUGUUCCCGGCACUAUCAGGAAACAGGCUGGUCUGGGCUUCCCUCAUUCUAUUCAACUCGGCCAUGGGCACCAUUUGAUGGACAGGCAGAUGCCUUCGCCGCCGCCCAGGGGAUCACCGUCCAACGAGGGUCUCUGCGCUGUUUGUGGGGACAACGCCGCUUGUCAGCAUUAUGGAGUGCGCACUUGUGAAGGCUGCAAAGGGUUUUUUAAGCGCACUGUUCAGAAAAAUGCUAAAUACGUGUGUCUGGCAAAUAAAAACUGCCCCGUUGACAAACGCCGAAGAAACAGAUGCCAAUAUUGUCGCUUCCAGAAGUGCCUUGUUGUAGGAAUGGUAAAAGAAGUCGUUCGGACGGCGAGUCUUAAGGGGCGAAGAGGCCGUCUGCCCUCCAAACCGAAACCUCCACCAGAGCCAUCGCCACCUUUACCGCAAGUCAGUCUUAUUAGUGCUCUGGUAAGAGCUCACGUGGAUUCGAACCCCUCCAUGUCCGGGCUGGAUUACUCCAAAUUUCAGGCAAAUCUCGACUACCAAAUAAGCGGAGAUGACACGCGGCACAUUCAGCAGUUCUACGAUCUCCUGACGGGCUCCAUGGAGAUAAUCCGAGGGUGGGCGGAGAAGAUCCCCGGAUUCCCUGAUCUCCCCAAGCAGGACCAAGACCUCCUUUUUGAGUCAGCAUUCCUGGAACUCUUUGUCUUGCGACUAGCGUACAGGUCCAAUCCAAUGGAAGGGAAGCUAAUUUUUUGCAACGGGGUGGUUUUGCACAGACUCCAGUGUGUCCGAGGAUUUGGCGAAUGGAUAGACUCGAUAGUGGAGUUUUCCUCCAACCUUCAGAGCAUGAACAUCGACCUUUCUGCAUUCUCUUGUGUAGCAGCCCUGGCCAUGGUGACAGAGAGACAUGGGCUGAAAGAGCCCAAGAGAGUUGAAGAACUUCAAAACAAGAUUGUAAAUUGUCUGAAGGAACAAGUGACAUUUAAUGGUGGCAGUGUGAAUCGUCCCAGCUACCUGUCGAAACUUCUGGGCAAACUCCCUGAACUUCGAACGCUGUGCACGCAAGGCCUUCAACGCAUCUUCUACUUGAAACUUGAAGACUUGGUUCCACCACCGGCAAUAAUCGAUAAGCUGUUUCUAGACACAUUACCUUUCUGAACAUCGCGCAAGUGACAUUUUCGGGCUGUCCCCGUCUGUGUUAGGAGUAUUUGAGCUCAGCACUACUGAAUGGAAAUGUAAACAGACAAACAUUUACAACAUUACAUUCUGGUAAUGGAUCAGUUAAAAUAAGCAUGAUAUCACCAAAAUGGAAAAUGGAAGGAAAAUGUGCAAUUCGCCGAUUUAUUUACUGCGUUACGUAAGUCUUUGGGGAAAAGUAUUUACGAAGACUGCAUUUCACUGGGACUGUUGUCAACUAAAGUGAACAUUUUCAUGCAAUCACAUACUUUAUUAUACGUAAAAUAUUUACUGUAUAGACAUGCUAUAGUGUAAUAUAUUCGGUUUAUACAAAAGUAGGCUAUAUAAUGAAUGAACGCCAUGCGUCAAACGCGUCAGUUUAUAAGAAGUGUUUUAUCGUAAAUUGCAAGAUUAAGCUUAGCUUUUAUACUUUGUGCAUAUGUGUUUUGGUCAGGAUUACAGAAGACAGAUUAUUUUAAAACAGAACGCAUGUUGUAGGAUUUAUACAGACCCUUUGCUAUCGAGGUCAAGUCUUUAUUCGUUAUAUCCAGGACACUAUGUAGUCUGAUUCGUAGUGCUGGGGCGGCGUUAAUGUGUGACGACGUAACUCGUUUAUAUAUAUAUAUAUAGGUAAAAGGGUCAUGGUGUUUGUAUAUUUGUCCAACAUUCCUUGUUUGUAUGUGUCGUAUGUACUGUUGCUGUUGAAUAUAAAAGUUUUUAUAUUUAUUAUUCUCUUGUCAAGUGCUACAUUUUGCAUGCUUACAGUGAAAAAUCUAGAUAAUCACGGUUGGCUCGAAACCUUUGAACUUUUGUUUUGACAAAUCAGCUGUGACGCCGUACUAUUUUGGA